GUAUUUAAUGACUCGGAAAGCUGUAAAUAAACACUUGUAAACAAUUAUAAGAUUCUUUCAACAUGACUCAUUAAUCAACACGAUUCAACAUAUUUCGAAUCGUACAGAUUUGUUGUCGAUAUUACAAUUAAAAUGUAGAGUAAUUUUAAAUUAUAGUGCUAAUAAUAGUGAUUGGAUUAAAUUUUAUUUUGUUGUACAAGUUAUACAUUUACAGUUUUUGUACGUCCACAAAUAUGAUCCUGAAAUGUGUCAGCGUGAUAACGUGUGCUGGGUGCUUUUUAUACACUUCUUACAUUUUAUGUAAAUUGUCCUACUUUUUAUCAAGUCACAAUGAAAAUGACAACAGAAAUGUGUCACAGAAAAAAGAUGACUCUGUUGAUUCGGUAUUAUGGUUGUUACUUGUAAACAUGUCGUUGUUAAAUGUCUUUAUGUUACAACAUUCGAUUAUGGCUAGUGAUUUUGUAAAACAUUUGUUUUGUAAAUUGCAUAUGGAUUAUAUGGAAAGAAGUAUAUACAAUAUCGCCAGUGCCAUGACUCUACAUUUGCUACUUAAUCAAUGGCAAAUCGUAUCAUCAAUUUCAUGGUGGAAAAUCGAUACAUCUUUCAAUGAUAUUUCAUGGUACAUAUUUACCAGUCUCCAUGUUCUGGCUUGGUCAAUAAUUUAUAGCGGUUGUUUAAUGAUGGAUAUAUCUGAACUUACUGGAGUGAAGCAAGUGUAUUAUAAAUUUUCGUCCAGACCAAGUCCCAUGUUAACGAAAUCCAAAGAAUUGCGACACUUUUAUUCUCACAUGAGACAUCCUAGUUUGAUAGGUUUUCUUAUUAUUCUAUGGAUACAUCCUUAUAUGACAAUAGACAGAAUAUUGUUAGCUUCGGUAUUAUCUGUCUACAUGGUGUUAAUGUGGAACAUUGACGACAAAGAUUGUAAUUAUCAUGCCACUCUAGUCAGAAGAAAGCAAGAAGAAUUAUUUUGAUCUUUACUUAUAAUAUCUGCCUUACCAUCACAGCUUUUGUGUUCAAUAUAUUUAAGUUCUAAACGCGUUUGUAAUAUAAUAUUUUUUUGGCAGUUUUACAUUCAAGAAUACAUAUUAAAAUGAAAAUUGCAUUGCUCGAGC